GGUUUAGAUAUCACUUGUCAAUGUUGAAAUGGCUUUAUGACAUCCCGAGGUUUUAACCCAAGAAAUUGGCGAAAAUAACUGGAAAAACACAGGAAAUAGAAAAUGGGGACAGGUCCAAGCAAGACUAGAAGAUUAACUGUUGAAAACGAUGAUCCGACGAGUGUUAUUAAAGUUUCCGAAGAUGUAGUAGACCGGAUUCGAGGAGUAGCUCAAACGGUAAGAAGCCAAGAAGCACAUUCAUACCCGCCACAAAUGCCCACACCACAAGCACCCACAGUAGUUCCAGUUUAUCUCCACGAGCCAUCAUUGACCAGUCUUCAAAUUCGACAGGCGAAUGUAGCAGAGCUGAAGAAGAAUGACGAGUAUUGGGCGAACCGGAUCAAGGCCCUGGAGCAGAACCACAAGAAAAUGAACUCCGUUAUGGAUGAAGAGUAUAAGAAAGCGUUAGAUGAAUUCAAAUCAGGCAAACCGGCGCAGGCCCUCAAAGAAAUCCCUUGCCUAGAUUCCCGGAAAGCUGUUAUGGACUGUUACAAGAAGAAUCCCGACUGCCCAAUGAACUGCGCCAAAAUCGUACAAGCCUUCCAAGAGUGCGUCGAUUACAAAAGAUCAUGUUUACUGGCCAGCAGAGUUGCAACCAGCAAAGGCUAAACACUCAGUAGAUGAGUGGAAUAGAGAGCGCAUAUGUAAUAUAUUUCUUUGAAAUGAAAUCGCCGCAUUAUUGUAACUAAAUAAAUUUUUCGUUUUAAAA